GAGAAACGGUGUCACUAGAGAAGCGGGUCGCUGUUGCUUUAUAUAAGCUAUGUUCCUCUGCCGAGGAUAGAACAGUGGCCAAUUUGUUUGACUUGGGGCGGUCGACAGGGAACACUAUUUACCGAGAGUUUUGCCAGACCGUUGUUGAUGCCCUUGAAAAGCAGUGGGUCAAGAUGAUCGCAGCAAAUGAAAUGGCCGACCAUGUGCGGGAGUUUUGUGCGGUCACUGGCUUCCCACAGGCAGUUGGAGCACUGGAUGGCUGUCAUUUUCCUGUCUCGCCACCAAAGGAAAACGCCAUCGAUUACUACAAUUACAAAGGCUGGUACAGUGUGAUCCUGCUGGCUCUGGUGGACCACAAAUACAGGUUCCGCUACACUAACGUUGGCUCCCCAGGCAGGUGCCACGACGCACACGUGUUUCACAACUCCAUCUUGGCAAGAGCGAUUCAGGAACCAGCAUUUCAGAGCCCAACCAUUUGUGUUGGCACUUCUCUUGUGCCCCCAUUAAUUUUGUGUGAUCAAGCUUUCCCUCUUACAUCCAACCUCAUGAAACCGUUCCCUGGCACGAACCACACCCCAGAAGAGAGCAACUUCAACUAUGAACUCUCCAAAACACGAAGAAUUGUGGAGAACGCUUUUGGAAGGCUCAAGGCACGCUUCAGAUUUGUGAUGAAGCGAAUGGAGUGCGACAUCAGCAAUGUGCCUAUUGCCGUAAGAGCAUGUUGUGUGCUAAAUAACAUAUGCGAACAUUUCAAUGAUUCCGUAUCUCAGCAGUGGCUGAAUGAAGCGGAGUUGCAGAAUACAGUAUAUCAGCAACCACUUCACACAACAGGCACGCAAGUUGGAUGUGGAAGAGAUGUCCGAGAUGCACUUGUGCAUUAUUUUCAGCUGCAUGGAGACCACUGUAGUCGGGUACAACUGUAGAAGACAGGAGAGGCCCCGCCCAGUUGACCGAAGCGCAGCAGCCAAUUCCUCCAUGACUAAAGAAAUAGUCCCGCUCAAAAAAUUGACUUCUUCUAAGACGCGUAUUUGUCGGUAUAAAUAAGAUUUGUGUAUCUUGACGAGUGGCGAGACAGGCGACUACCACGAGGAAAUGAACGGCAAUCGCUAUGAGGGCUGGUUCAAUGACGUUCUGCAGAAGUUGCCAGCUGGUAGCGUCAUUGUUUUAGGCAAUGCACCUUACCAUAGCCGGCGAGAAGAGAAAUUGCCAACGACGGCCUG